AUGCUCACAUUGGCGGCUACCAUUGCCCCAUUAAUUUUGGCGCAAUUGAGCUUGGUGCGGUUCGUACAGUGCCAAAACGUCGAAGACAAUGUCAACAACCCUGCGAUUCUUCCGUACCUCACACAGGUGGUGUACGGUCGGCUUUCGAAUCUCACUUCAGUUAUUCUCAGUAGCGAAGUCAGCAAUCGAUCUAGCUUCUGCAUUCAGAAUCCGGAAGCUGAUUGGAAUCGAGCAUUCAAUUAUUCUAAUAAUUUGGACUUCUUGACGGCUUGUAUUAAAAGGACUCAAGGAGAUAUUACGCAGCGAUUGUGUACAGCAGCAGAGGUUGGGCAUGUAGUGCUGGCUCAAACCAGGGGGUUGACCUCAAAAACUCUAGGGUCAUACCUGCUAGAAAUCUCAACUGUCAGCCUUGCUGUGAGGGUUUUUUCUGUCCUCAUGGAAUCGCACUAUAGCCCUCUUUUUAUGAAAUUAAAAUCCGCAUUCUAUGUGAAUGGAAAUGUGACUGUUAUUCAUCUUCUGUUCUUUGCUGCAGAGCUAACUGCAUGUUGUUAA